CUUUUUGAACAGGUUGGAACGUCCGUAAACGGAACACGAGCAGGGAAUUGAAGAGGCAGGGUGGGACCGAGCUAGAACUGGACAACAGGCGUCACCGUUGUGUGUACACACGUUCUGAGAUAGCCGUUAGCCGUGUUUGACUUUCUCCUGCGAGACUUGUUGUUUUCAACGUUUUCAAGUAACGUGCCUUUCUCGAGCGUGUUUUUAACGUUUCUUCGUGGUUCAAAUUCUGCUCCAUCUUGAAGAUGAAUUCACUGGGCAGUGCUUCCAAAUGGCCAUCUUAUGACUCACUACCCUCCAACUCAAGCUUCCUCCUCAGUGAGAGUGAGCAGACCGAGGAUGAAGCAGACGUCUUCUCUGAGGGAGAGGGGGACAGUGGAAUAACAAAGUCCCCUUCAGUUAGUGAGGGAAUCACACUUUCAGGAAAUUACCUUGAUUUCCCAGCUCGUUCAGAACAGCCGCACUUGAGGACUAACAGAGACCAGCCUGAAUGCUGCUCUGAUGAAACGAAGCAUCUCGGUUCCGCCUCUUCUGCUGGAGCUGCCACAUUAGGCUCAUCUUCAGCAACACCGGGGGACUUGGCCUUUGCUCAGAAAUGUGCAGAUUUGCGCAGGUUUAUCUGUCCUCUGCUUGAUCUUCUACAUGGACUGAAGACUGGGCGAUUUCACAAAGGUUUAUCCAGUUUCCAGCAAAGUGUUGCCAUAGACAGACUGCAGAGGAUUCUUGGAAUACUACAGAGGCCUGAAAUGGGUGAGAAAUACCUUCACAACCUGCUGCAGAUAGAGAUGAUGCUGAAAAUUUGGUUUCCUCGGGUGGCAUUUCAGUCCACAGAGCCACCAAGCCAGACCACGGCUCCCAGAUUCCUACCACACUGGCGAAAAAAUCAGCUCCAUAUGCCAGUUAAGAAGAGAAAACUGAGCUGGUCAGACCCUGACCACUUUGGCACCGUCCCAACCAAGGAUAAGCAGCAUCAACAUGGAAAACAUGGGAGCUGCCAGACUGCAACUCCACUUGACACCGUUUCAGCGUGUCUACCUGGAUCACCGAAAAAACAGAAAGCUGCAGUGGAAGAAUCAGUUGAACCAGCCUGGGGCAGCUGUACCGCUGGACAUGAGCUGACAGAUAGCCCUGGCACUUUAAGCAGGCUGUCAUAUUUCUGUAUCAGGAGAGAAAGUGAGAAUUGGAAGCAGCCUGAGAUUUCUCUGCCCUCCCCUUGUGGCAGCCCAGCUGCACAAGACAGCUUAGUGUCCUCAAGCGACACCAGUACUACAAGUGACUCACCUUUUAGUGGGCCUUAGCUGACCUUGCUACCACAUGGAGGUGCCACAGCAUGCCAGACAAAGUGAAGGCAGAGGGCGGACUUGAUUACAUAAGCAUAAAGUUAGGCGCAGAGCCAGUCUGUGAUGGCUGCGAGGCAUGUAAAACCAGAGGAGGAGGAGGAGAAAUGCAGAGAGACAUUCAUUAACUCAUAACUGUCCAGUGUAGUUUUUGAUAACACCGGAGUUAUUGCACUAUAUUACAAGGAACUGUUUGUAUUUAAGGGUAUCACUUUUGUAUACAUUGACUUUUCCUAAGUUAACAGAUGUUGGAAAUACUUUGUGUGUAAUGCGUUGAAGCAGUCUUUGCUCUGUUUUGUACUUUUUUCAUAUGGAACACAGUCCUAACAGUAACGGAAAAAGUAGAAAAACAGAUAUCCUUUUUAUGAAAGCGCUUUCUUUGUCACAUAUGAUAGCAAACGAAUCUCUCAGUUUUACCUUGUGCUCUAGCAACUUGUGACGGCCAUUUUUCACUAUUCUCUUACAUUUUAUAGUCCAAACAAACUGAUGAAUUAACAAAUAAUUGGCAGCUUAAUUUGUAGUGAAAAUAACAGUUGGUUGCAGCCCUGUUAUAGUUACAAAGAAUAUUUCAACCAUAAGGAGACAAAUGACUAAAAAUGGCAUUUAGGAUGCCUAAAUUGUAUUUUGUCAGCUCAUUGUAACACAUGGUGUGGCAAAGCCACAUAGCCCCUGCCAAAAUGUGCCAAACAAAACCAUUUUGCAUUAAUAUAUUUUCUGCACCUUACUUCAGUCACUUCUUUAUUUAUUAGUAAUUAUCACACACAACCAUUGUUGUAUGUAAAAGAGCGAAAUGCUGCACAGGAAAUACCACAACCUGAAUGCUCGAUAAUUAUUGAGGUAGUUGAGGAAAUGUGAGUUGAGUUACUCCUUUAUCUAGCCAGCGAGUGAACUUCUUGUUUUUGUUGUUGUGCAAAAGGAGCUGAAACAUAACGUUCUAUUACACACGAGUUUUAAGUGACCAUUUUUUUAUACGUUAUAAAGCAGGCAUAAUAUAUUUGAUCCAUUUGAAUAUAUGUAACUGCACUUUGGAUGACAAAGAGGAAAUGUUACACAUUUAUUAACAUUAAAGAGUUGUGAUAUUAUUUAUUAAAGAUCUGUUUAAGAGGA